GGUUUAGUUUCUUUAACCAUGUGUGUGCAGAGAGAUUACACUGGAAAGAUGGGUUUCGAUGAGUUUAAAGAACUCUUUUCAGUGUUAAACGGCUGGAAGCAGAACUUUGUAAUGGUGGACAGGGACUGCAGUGGAACGGUGGAACCUCAUGAGAUGUCCCAGUGCAUUGCUAACAUGGGGUUCCGAAUCAGCCCUCAGUCUCUGAACGCAAUCAUCAAACGCUACAGCAGAUCAGGAAAGAUCUACUUUGAUGACUAUGUGGCCUGUUUCGUGAGGCUAAGGGCACUUACAGACAACUUCAGGAGGAGAGAUACAAUGCAGCAAGGAAUGGUGAACUUCCAGUAUGAUGAUUUCAUCUUGUGUACUAUGUCUCUCUAAGGAAGUUACAGACAAGUACAGUAUGUACUCCAGGAAGAGCACUGAAAGUCCAGAGAAAUACAUAUAAACUACUAUAUAUAGUAUGAUGUGUAAUAUGUGAACAUAGGAGUAAAACCUAUAAUUUACUCGAAACAGCUUUCAAUAUUUGUGCCAAAGUAGACAGUUGUUUUUUUUAACAAUCUUUUUCAUAUUCUUUAUAACUCAUUGUAUUGUUAAAAUGUAACCACACAACAUAUUUUACCAAUAAAACAUGGUGUA